AGUCGCCGCCGCUCAGUCCCGCGGCGAACCGCCGUACCGAUCGGUCGCGCUUGUAUUCGUCCCAGUGACGAAGCGGACCCUCCCACAGGGUACCCAGACACACGCAGCUCGUCUCGAAGACGCUGCACCUGCUAUGCCGAAUCAGCCCUACCUCGUCCGCGACUACGAGACAGUGUACAGGUGAAUCGGUGCAUCCUAGUGAAAAAAUCACACAGUGAAGGAGCGACGCCAACAGCACAAGCAGCAGCAGAGAGACGCCUCGCGCAGGUCUACAAGUUGCCGCUGCUGCCGCCAGCAGAAACAUGCGGCGAGAAGUGGCAGCAGCUCUGGCCCUACUGGCCCUGGUGGGCAUUAGUCGGGCGCAGUUUCCACCGGAACAGACGGAGGCGCCGAGGUUACCCUGGAACCGCUUCGACGACGGUCGAGAACAGGACUUCAGAGACAGAGAUCGAGAUCGAGAUAGGGUGGAGUUCAGGGACAGAGAUCGAGACCGGGAUAAUGUACUCGGCAACAGUGGUAGCACCAGAGACUGGGACUCGAUCAACAGGGACACGAGCAGCAGAGACCGAGACAGCAAUUUUGGAUUCGGCUACCGAGCGACUAGUCAGCAGAACGAAAAUGUCAUCAUCAAGGAAGCGACAUACUUUAUCGUUGCGUCGCGGAUGGUACGACCGGGCCAGGUUUACCGUGUGGCAGUCAACAUCUUACGUAGUCCACUGCCAAUGAUGGUGCGCUCCUCAAUCCAGCGCAAUGGUGUCGAAAUAGCCGCGGAUUUCCAGGAGGUACGCGAAGGCAUCCCCGAGAAGUUGAUGAUGCGGAUGCCGCCGACUUCGGUUCACGGAGAUUACAGGCUGCGAGUAGAGGGCAACUACAACAGUCUCACUGGUGGACAGGCCUUCCUCAACGAGACCACGCUUACCUUCACCCAGAGAUCCAUGACCAUCUUCAUUCAGUGCGACAAGCCUGUCUACAUGCAGGGACAGACCAUCAGAUUCCGCACGAUACCAAUAAACACAGAGCUGAAGGCUUUCGACGACACGGUGGAGGUGCACAUGCUGGACCCGUACCGGCGAAUUAUGCGUCGUUGGCUGAGUAAGCAGAGCAACCUCGGAACGGUCUCGCUAUCUUAUCAACUGUCCGACCAGCCGGUCUUUGGUGAGUGGAUCAUCAAGGUCAUAGCCCAGGGACAGAUCGAGGAGAAGGCCAUCUUUGUCGAAGAGUACUACCAGACGCGCUUUGAGGUCAAUGUGACCAUGCCCGCCUUCUUCUUCGACAACGAGCCUUACAUCCACGGUAUCGUCCAGGCUAAUUACACCUCGGGCGCACCCGUACACGGCAAUCUCACACUCAAAGCGAGCUUCAAGCCUAUCAACAAGUACAGCCAGACUACUGGUGCCAUGGAAAACAUUCCCGAUAGAUAUUUCAAUUUCAAUGAAUACUAUCCAGCGUGGUUUAAUCCGCCGGACCUGUUCAGGGAAACCGUGCCAGUACUCAGGUUUUUCAAUGGCACGUAUAGAUUCCAAUAUCCGAUGAGCGAGCUGCUACCAUAUUUGCCAAAUAAUAGCGACGGCAUGGAAGUAACAGUAACGGCGACGGUUGGUGAGCGCUUCCUCGAAGAAAUUAUUGUCGGAUACUCUACAGCUCGUAUUUAUAACUCGAGCAUCAAGAUCCACUUUUUCGGUGGCUCGCCCCAGGUGUUUAAACCUGGAAUGCCAUUCGAUCUGAAUCUCGUUGCGUCGUUCCACGAUGGCUCACCCUUGAGAGCAGCGCAGUUGCGCGGAGCUCAGCUCGAAGUCAGAGGAGAUAUAGAAAUGAGGAGUGGUCGCAGGUCAUUGGACAAUCAAAUUGUCAGAGUCUCGCCUGAGAAUGCGGCUGUUUGGUCUUUGCAGAUUGAUUUGAGAAAACAAUUUGAAUCGUCUCAAGGCCCUCAACACACGCAGCAAUUACUCAACGAAAUUGUAUCGAUGCGCUUUUACGCCGAUUUGACAGACGGCGAGGGCCAUCAUGCUCACGCUGAGCUUCUGAUGCUGGCCCACGAAUCUCCAAAUCAAAAACAUAUCAAGGUUUGGACUUCCACCGAGAAGGCCAAGGUCGGCGAGUAUCUCGUGCUCCAUGUGCAAUCCAACUUCUACAUCGAGAGCUUCAACUACCUUGUCAUGUCGAAGGGUACGAUCUUGCUGACGAGCGAUGAGCAUAUGCAGCAGUCCAUCAAGACUUUUGCUGUGCCUCUCAGUCCUGAAAUGGCACCUGUCGCCACCGUGCUUGUCUAUCAUGUUGGAAAAUACGGAGAUGUAAUAGCCGAUUCAUUAACUGUACCAGUCAACGGUAUUUCAAGAAAUAAUUUUACAGUAUUUAUUAACAAUAAGAAAGCUCGUACGGGCGAACGAGUCGAGGUAGCAGUUUACGGCGAGGCGGGCGCAUACGUAGCACUUUCGGGCAUUGAUCGCUCGUUCUACGCAAUGCAGGCUGGUAACGAGCUGACCUAUGCCAACGUCAUUGAGAAAAUGUCGAAUUUUGGCGAACAGACCAACGGCACGCACGCUCACACUUGGCUCUUCCACGAAGGCGAUCCCGAUGUUGUAGUGAAUUUCCCAUCAUCAACUUUUGGUAUAGACGUUAAUCGGACCUUUGAAUACAUAGGUCUGGUAGCGUUUACAGAUGCGGUGAUAUAUCGCAGGCCGGAACACUGUAACCGUACAUUGGGCUAUCUUGAGUGUCUCACUGGCAGGUGUUACCGAGUAGAGCAGCAAUGCGAUGGUAUCAUGCAAUGCGACGACGGCACUGACGAAGCACGUUGUCCAGUGGGCAAUGCAACUGACAUCGCACACUUCCGUAAGUGGCGCUUCAACCGUAUCCAGCGUCAAUACGAGAACGUUUGGAUGUGGCGAGAUAUCAACAUCGGACCGCAUGGACGUUUUAUCUUCAACAUUGAUGUACCCAAGACGCCUGUUCACUGGAUGAUCACAGCUUUCGGUAUGAGUCCUACUAAUGGAUUUGGUAUGUUGCCUACUGCUCUGGAGUACAUUGCUGUGUUACCAUUCUACAUCAACGUCGAGAUGCCAGAGCAUUGUAAGCAAGGUGAACAGGUCGGUAUUCGUGUAUCCAUCUUCAACUACAUGAGAUACAAUAUCGAGGCCACAGUCGUAUUAGCAGAUUCUAGAGAUUACAAAUUUGUUCACGUGGAGGAUAACGGUAUAGUUGAGUCCUACAAUCCGCGUACUUCAUUCGGUGAACAUCAGUUCUUCUUAUGGAUACCAGCUCAAGAUGCCUCAAUUGUUUACAUUCCAAUCGUACCAGUGCGGUUGGGUGAUAUAAAAGUACACAUCUCUGCGACAACGCUUAUUGGUAAAGACUCAGCUACGAGAACGCUGCACGUUGAAGCCGACGGUCUGCCGCAGUACAGACAUCAGUCGAUACUUUUGGAUUUGAGUAACCGCGCCUACGUCUUCCAGUACAUGCAUGUGAAUAUCACUGAAACUCCUAUCAUCCCGUACGAAGAGGAUCGUUAUUACAUAUUUGGAUCCAACAAAGCUACCAUUAGUGUCGUCGGUGACGUGGUGGGUCCGAUUUUCCCUACGAUGCCGGUCAACGCAACGAGUCUCAUCGGUCUGCCUAUGGACUGCGGCGAGCAAACGAUGUUCAGUUUUGCCGCCAAUAUGUACACUACCCUACAUAUGCGUCUGAUCAACCAGCGUAAUCUCACUCAAGAAAAGCAAAGUUUUUACUACAUGAACAUUGGCUACCAGCGUCAACUCUCUUUCAUGAAUCCCGAUGGAUCAUUCUCCUUGUUUCGAAGCGACUGGAAUGUAUCGUCUCCGAGUGUCUGGCUGACUGCUUACUGUGUGCGGAUCUUUGAAGAAGCUAGCUUCUACGAAUGGGAGAAUCAUCUUUACAUCGAUCCGAAGGUCAUAGCUCAAGCAGUAUCCUGGUUACUGGACCAUCAGACAUACGAAGGCUCAUUCUACGAGGUCACCUGGCUACCUGAUCGCAAGAUAAACAGCACGCUGCACUAUGACGGAGAUGAAAGUCACUAUCCGUACAAGUCAUCGCGUAAUAUAUCUCUUACAGCACACGUACUCAUUACGCUCGAGACCGUCAAAGAUCUAUCGGACGGAUUGGGUGCUAGAGUCGCCCUUGCUGCUGCCAAUGCCGUGAGGUACCUUGAGCAAAACCUUCAACUCCUAGAACUAGGGGGUCGACCAUAUGAGAUAGCUAUAGUGGCAUACGCGUUACUUCAAGCUAAGGCAUCAACGGCUGAGCAGGCGUUCAACUUACUGCGUCGCUAUAGACGUGAGGAAGGUGGUCUUGUGUACUGGGGUCGGGAAAUGGUGCCUCAGCCACCAUAUAAAACCGAGAAUCAGAAACCGUUUUUGCUGCCGCGUCUGCCCUACACGUACGAUUCGGAGAAUAUAGAAACAACGGCGUAUGCGCUUUUGGUACAUGUAGCGAGACAAGAGGUUGAAGUUGAACCAAUAGUCAAGUGGCUUAACUCUCAGAGACUGACGGACGGUGGCUGGGCCUCAACGCAGGAUACCGCCUGGGCUAUGAAAGCACUCAUGGAAUACACAGUCAGGUCAAGAAUCCGAGACGUGAGCCAAUUGUCGGUAACAAUCGAGGCUACAGCUCUGCCAGGACAAACAAAUAUACUGCAUGUCAACAACAAAAAUCUUGCGAGGUUGCAAACUCUUCACAUUCCAGAAGCAUGGGGUACUGUUAAAGUGCAGGCAAAGGGAGCAGGUUAUGCAAUCUUGCAAAUGCACGUACAGUACAACGUAGACAUCAGGAGAUUCCAAACGAAGCCGCCUGUUCCAGCCUUCGAUUUAGUCACACACGCUAACUUUUAUGGAAGAAAUCAGUCUCACAUUACUUAUCUAAGUUGUCAAAGAUGGAUUAAUGUUAAUGAGUCGGAGAGAUCGGGAAUGGCGGUACUUGAUGUUACGAUUCCUACUGGCUAUAUAAUCCAACAGCAAAACCUUGAUCGUUACAUAUUAUCACGUCAAGUUAGAAAUCUGCAAAGAGCGCGAUUCCAACCGUCGAAGGUACUUUUCUACUUUGACUAUCUCGACCAGGAAGAAACGUGUGUCAAUUUCACUAUUGAACGGUGGUAUCCAGUCGCUAAUAUGUCCAGAUAUCUUCCAAUUAGAGUUUACGAUUAUUACUCACCAGAACGAUUUAACGAAACAAUGUUCGAUUCAUUGCCAACCUAUGUAUUAAACAUCUGCGAAGUGUGCGGAAGCUCCCAAUGUCCAUACUGUCCAAUUUACAAUGCUGCGAUGCUGCUCAGUCCACCAGGCUUUUUAAUAAUAAUGAUAUCAUUUUUCUUCAUCUUUAGAACACGAGACUCGGAAGUCGGCUAGAGAUUUAAUAAUCUUGACUUUCUACAUAGUUUUUGUGCGAAAAUUAAUAGACGAACAAAGGAGACCGAAAAGAGAAAGUUAAGGGAACAGAUUCGGUUUUCUUGAAUAUGUAACGAUAUCGCUAUCUUCCAUGCAGGAAUUCAACAUUAAAUAAUGAAGUCUUAAAUUUCUGCACUAAAUCCAAUUUGUAAAAAAUUGAAUGUUUUUAUACUUAUAAUCGUUUCUUUGCAUGGUGCCUUACUAUUGAAUUGAUAUCAUUAAAGUACACGCGUUAAUGACUAAAAUAGCGCAAAAGAUCCUAGAUCUGAAAUGUAUACACUACAUUGUAGAGGCAUUCGUACAAAUUCUUUUAUAGGCAAUAGAUAAUGUCAAGUACAAAAGAACAAACUUUUACUAGCGUAAUAGAAAUGAUUUUGACGCUAUGUGCAUAAAAAGCGCACAGUACGAUAAUAAUUCCGUCCUAAUAUAGCUUUUUGCUAAGAUUCUUAAUUUGUUACAAGUGGAGAGAAUCUCUAAUACCUAAUGAAAUUCGAAGCAUCUGAAAGAUAUUUCAAAAUUGUUAAGAUUUGAUAUUUUCAGUUAUCAAAAGUUCAAAUGAAACUUAAAAAAGUUGAUUUUAUUUCCUAUGACAAAAAAAAACAGAUAAAACUGUUGUUGUGUACAUAGAAAAACUAAAGUAAUUACAAUUACAAUAUUAAUCAAUAUUAAAGGACAAACUUUUAAUAUAAAAAAAUAUUUGAAUAAUGUGAUAAUCAUAAAAAGUAUGAUAAUUCAUUGUUUGCAAGGUUUAAAAUUAAAAAUAAUUAAAUCAAACCAACAUUUUUAUGCGCUGUACAAUACUUCUGAAUUGUACAUUUAACAAUUGUAAAAGAUUCCAUCCAUUAGAAUUUAUAUUUAGUGUAUAAGAGUAGUAGAAUGUGUGAAGUGUUGGGUUCAAUUGUUGAGUGUUUUUAAAUUUAUAUAAAAAUCAACUCUAUUUUAACUAGAUCUAUUACAUCUAAAAUAUAUUUGUGUAAUUCUUAAAAAAUCAUCAAUAAUGAACCCGAUUAUUAGAAAGCCGUCCAAGUAAAAUUUUUGCUGUAUACACGAAAUGUAUUUUUAUUUUUUUAUAUACUUUCGGAGCAUUAUGUAUUCAUAUUUCAUUAUGCAAAUAGUUUUUGUAUUUACUGCAUUAGUUAUAAGUUUUUUUUUUCAUUCUUGAUUUACCAGCUAAUUUUACAUAUCUGUAGCAUUACUCUUUGUUUAGAAUGUGUAAACACCGCCGGCCAAAGAUCGUAUCGCUAUUGCGUUACGAAUCGCAAAAAAAAAUGUUAACAUGCCUUAUUUUUUUAAUGUAAAAAACUAAUGCUAUUUAUUUACAUAGCUUAUCUUACGUUCACAGAAUCGUUGUCGUUUCAAUAGAAUAUACAGUGUUUAACAUUAACAAGAGUAUCAAAUUUUUGUCUGAUAUUCGCGUUUGUCACAUUGCUAAUAAAUUAUUUUUACAAUAGUAAAAAUAGUAUUUGGAUAUGUUAAACAAAUUUUUUAAGUUUUAUAACAUUUGUAUGAAUAAAAACGUGAAAAAUUAUAA